AUGAACCCGUUAAUUCCGGGGCUAAGCCAGGUUUCGAGUCUUGAUAAGCUUCUAGGUGACAGUCCCUCGAAGCUUAAUCUCGCGUCGUACUAUCGUGGCUUAGACGGCGGAACGGAAGGCGCGGGUGGCGCGGCGGGGACGGGCGCAGGAGGGGGGGCGGGAGCAGGAAGCGGAGAUGGCGCUGGGAAGACGGGCGGAGAUGCAAGCGUGGAACAACAGCGGCUUGGGCUCAGCGGGUUAGGGAGGGCCUCUGGGGGGGAAGCGGGGGCAGGGGCGCGGACGGAUACGGAGGCGGGCGCUGUAGCUGGCGACGGCGGCGGCGGCGGCGGCUCAGCGGCCUCUGCUCCCGCGGGGUUUGCGGCACCUGUCGGCGCGGGAUCGGCAUCUGGCUUCUCCCCGCCGUCAGCGGCACCCAGCACGGCUCUCGCCUCUGGCGGCGUCGGCGGCGGCGGCGGCGGCGGUGCGGGAAGAAGAACAGAAGGCAUAGCGAGCCCUCCCCGUCGUGGCUUUCAGGCCCAUCCGCCCGCUCACAGACCCGCAACCCACGGCGCAACAGGCGCUACCGCAGCAGGGGGAGCAGGAGGCGGAGGAAGAGGUGGGGGGGGAGCAGCAGCAGCAGGGUCCGCGCGCGGGCUGUCCUCCCGCGAGGCAUCUGAAGAGCCGCGAUCCGACGGCGAGGGCGCGCGGUCCGAAGGCGAGUACGAGUUAGUCGCCUCCUUAGAACACCUGACGGACCCGGAGGAGAUUAAGAAGGUGAAGCGCAUGCUGUCGAACCGCGAGUCGGCGCGGCGGUCGCGGCGGCGCAAGCAGGCGCACGUGAGCGACCUGGAGGGGCACGUGCAUCAGCUGCAGGCGGAAAACGCGAGCCUGGCGAGCCGGCUGGGGGAGAUUGGGCGGAAAUACAACGAGGCGGCGGUGGAUAACCGCGUGCUGAAAUCCGACGUGGAGGCUCUGCGCGCCAAGGUGAAGAUGGCAGAGGAGAUGGUGGGUCGGGUCGCCCACAUGGCGCAGUACAUGUACCACCAGCCAAUGGCGUUCCGCCACGACGCAGCCUCCGCCGCCGCUGCUGCCGCCGCUGCUGCUGCCAUGCCGUACCCUUCGCCCAUAGACCUUCCUUACUAUCCCCGGCCCCACCGUGCAUCCCAACCCCCACCAGCGCCUUACGCCCUCCCUCCACACGCCGCCGCCCACGCCGCCCAGGCUUCUUAUGCCGGCCAUGCCCAUGCCGCCCAGGCCGCCCAGGCCGCCCACGCUGCCCAGGCCGCCCAGGCCUCUCAUGCCUCUCAUGCCGCCCAUGCUGCUUCUCUCUCCCUCGACCCUCACCAAGCCAAUGGCGUGCCGCCAUCUGGCAUGCACCCAAACCUCCUCGGAUUAGCGCCAGGCAUGGACCCGAACGUGUAUGGUAUGAUGCAGGCAGGUAUGGUGCCGGAAGGUAUGGUGGGGGCGAUGCCUGGUGCCGUACCUGGAGGGGAUGGUUCGGGAGGCAUGGGAGGGGCGAUGCCUGGUGCUCCUGGGUCUUCCUCUGCUGCUGCUGCCCACGCUGCUUAUGCCGCUGCUGUAGCAGCAGCGGCCGCAGGUGCAGCAUCAGCAUCAGGAGGAGGAGGAGUAGGAGGGGGAUUAGUACCAGGUGGGACAGGAUCAGGGGGGGGUGUAGGAGGAGGAGGAGGAGGAGGAGGAGGAGGAGGAGGAGGAGGAGGAGGAGGAGGAGGAGGAGGAGGAGGAGGAGGAGGAGGAGGGUCGCCUGCAAGAGGGGUGAGAGAGGGGAGCAACGGAGGAGGAGCAGGGGGUGGAGCAGGAGGGGGUGCCACUGGUGGGCCUGGUGCAGAGCCGACUGAAAGUGCUGGGGGACAGAUAGAGCGAUCAGGCAGCCUGCAGCGCGUUUCAAGCCUAGAUCAUCUGCAGAAGCGGAUGAGAGGGGCGGGAGCAGCUGACGUGUCAGCUGCCACGUCAGCAGCAGCAGGGGGAGGGGCGGCAGGGGCGCAGAAAUGGGCAUGUGGGUGUUGGGUUGGCAUGGUGCUGCUGCUGCAUGGGAUGGGGGGAGCUGCGUCAGGUGGAAUGGGUGGCACAUGGGAUUCUAUUUUGUGGGGUGUGGCGAGGAAGGGGUCUUGA